AUGAACACUCGACGCGAGAACUUCAGAAAAUAUCUCGAGACAGGCGAUGUAAUCGAAGCGUUAACUAGUGCUAUAGUUAAUUUAUAUGAACAACCAGAACCUCCAGCAGAUCCUUUGAAUUUCCUUCGUCAACAAUUAGGUGCUAGUGAUGGUAUCGAUGCUGACGCUCUUGUUCGUCAAAAUCAAGACCUUAAAGCAAAAAUUGCCUCACUUAAUCAGACUAUCUCUGAAUUAGAAGCAAAACUUAAUAAUCCUGAACAACAAUAA